AUGGCCAACAUAUCAGAAGACAUCGAGUACAGCUCCCGCACGGUUGACCAGGAUGUCGACACGGUCGCCAUCUGUCCGCUCCACCCGGAGUAUAUGAUCAUCGGUACAUAUUCACUCCUAAAGAAAGACGAACCAUGCGACUACAAUGGGCAGACACGCCGCGGCUCUCUCCAAGUUACGACUGUCAUGUCGACAUUCAAGCCCAGAUACGCUGGCAUGCUGCCUCCGUCAUUGGACAGAGUGGAUUUCCCUUGCGCAGUGUUGGAUACCCAUUUCCACCCCUCCGACAGCACACUUCUAGGCGUCGCGACCAGCAAUGCCACAGUGCAUUUCUUCCGGUUCACUAUGCACGGCGACGUGCUCGGUCGGCGGGUGAUUACGAAACUCCUCCCCCUGGGAACUGUCAGGGUGGCCGAGAAUGAUGAACAUGGUCUUGUACCAUUGGUCACACAAUUCACUUGGUUUCCUGAAACGCGUACGCACGGGGUGGCUGGAAUAAGUGAUGUAGUUGAUGUGGGUUUCGCGGCGACCACGAGUUUCGGGGAUGCGAGGGUGGUAAGGAUUUCGGUGCCAGCAGUCAAGGACCUCUUUGACGAGAGGGCGGAUCAACCUCCUCAGGCGCUGGUGCCCAUCUCGAACGAUAUUGUCCACAAACAUGAAUUGGAGGCUUGGACCGUUGCAGUUCUCGAUCUUGGCUCGUCAUCGUGGGAUGGAAACAGGUGUACAUCCCGAGUGAUUCUCAGUGGCGGCGAUGACAGUGCCUUGAUUGCCUCCUCGGCUUCCCCAUCCACUAUUACCACCCACCCGUCGGCACCGAAUUCAACAUCACUAUCCCCCUGCGACACACUAUCCCUCAACGCUAUGCCCCUAUGGAAGGACCGCCGCAGCCAUACCGCCGGAGUGGUAUCAAUUCUCCCUCUCCCCCCCGCCACCGUUCGGAGUGGCAAUGGGGGUGAGAACAGAAGAGAUAUCAUUCCACUAGCCACAGGGAGCUACGACGAGUACAUACGCUUGUUCGAGAUUGACACCCAGACAUAUCGUGCAAGCUUCAAGGCGGAACUGAGGGUUGAUGGUGGAGUGUGGCGGCUGAAGGUUUUGGAUCAGUACUCGACCAGAAGGGAGGGCCAGGCUCAGCUCCAGCAUCACACCCUCGUCCUCGCAUCACUGAUGCAUGCCGGCGCCGCAAUUAUUCGCAUCACACGAACCACUGUCACGUCCAGCUCGUCCCAAGGAGACACAUGGACAAUCACGCCCGUUACGAUCUUCCGUGCGGGUCAUGAGAGUAUGGUGUACUGCUGCGACGCUCGACUCGAAAACGGCAACACCAAUGGCAGCAGCCAAGAUCAGACGCAGAAGGGUAGGGAACAAGCGGGAGAGGGCAGCCGAGCAAGGGCAGCGCCAGCUUACACCAUUGUCAGCACCAGCUUUUAUGAUAUGAAGAUAUGCACGUGGAAGUUUGUGGAUCAUCUGAAAGCGCAGAGUCGGUGA